AACACUUUCUCUAUUAAAAAGUCGCGAAGAGUUCGGGAGUUUAAGGGUUCGGCCGUUGUUUAACAAACCAAUGAAUCCCUGUCCACACCGGGAAUGGGUGUUACAGGAGAUCACAAAGUGGUCCAAAGGGUUCUCCCACUACAAUCAAAAGACAACAUUCGCUGCACUUCUCUUCACUGAAUAUCUGUUCAAUAGCUAUAAAUCCAGGGAAAGGCUACUGAAUGCCAACAAAUUAAUGGAAUUUUUUGUUUAUAUGGAUAAUGAUAUGGAAAGGGCUCGUAGGGAACGGUCGCCAGAAUUACUGCGAGAAUUGAUGGAUAAGCUGUUGAAUGCAAUGGAAAGCGGACGAUGCGAUCAGAGCUUUGAUUCCGGGCGCAGGCUGUUGGAUGUGAUGUCCAUUCUGGACGCACAGAUGAACGAGUGCUGGAAGUCUAAUAUGAGACAACACUUGCGGGAUAUGUUUGUCACCCAAACCCGCGUUCACUGCGAUUAUUGGCUUAAAGGCCGAUUCAUACCAUACGAUGAAUACAAUGGCAUUCGUCUACAAGAAUCAGGGUGGCCUUUGAUGCUAACACUCGUCGAGUAUUUGAUGGAUUAUACCCUUCCAGAGGCCGUCCGUAAUCACCCGCUUAUGUAUGAAUUCAUGUCAUCCGCGGCUAAACUGUCUCUCGCUGUCGACGACUAUAUGCUUCUUAAGGCAAAACUGGCCACAAAUGACAUCACAAGUGGUGUCCUGUCGUACGCCCAC